UUGCUGCCUGCGUGCAUCAUCAGCACAGCUCUACUGAAGGGGAAGUGUGGCGGAAGACUGCAGCUGAGAUAGUAAGGCAGAAACAAGAAGAUGAUUAAGGACACACAGAAUGAAGACACAAGUUAAGCCAUGAGCAGCUCCAGCUGUGGCCAGAGUGGAUGUACUGCAUGUAGCUGCUAGGUACCAGGACCUGUGACCUGUUUGACUAGAGGCCAAGCUUGCAAUACCAGGCCAGUCAUGGGCAACACUGCUGCCAGUCCACGACUAUUAACAGCAAGGAGAUCACUGAGGAGGACUACUAGCACACCACCAGACAGCGGCACAGGAGGUUCAGAUUUGGAUCCAGUAUCUCUGAUCACUCUGCAUGACUACCCUUCUGCAGACAUCUGUGAGCCCAUCUUCAGAGCUGGAGAGCGCUUGCGACUCAUUUCUGAUGAGGGCUACAGAUGGAAGGUGUAUUCACUGCUGACUAAGGAGGAAAACUACAUUCCUCGCUGCCACGUGGCAAAGGUCUACCAUGGAUGGCUGUUUGAGGGAGUGAAUCGAGUGGAGGCGGAACAUCUCCUCUGUCUCCCCGGUAACAGAGUGGGUUCCUUCCUCAUCAGGGAAAGUGGCAAAGGCCUGUACAGUCUCUCCAUCAAGCACAGGACUGUGAAGCACUACCGCAUUAACCGCCUGCCCAACAACUGGUACUACAUCUCCCCACGCCUCACCUUCCAAUGCCUGGAGGACCUAGUGAACCACUACUGCGAUGCAGCAGAUGGGCUGUGCUGCGUCCUCACUGGUCCCUGCCUGAGCGCGACUAACUCUGCUCACUCUGAUUGGACGCAGCUGGAUGCUUUACCUGACGCCAGUGCACAAGGUUUCGACUGGAGAUGUGUCAACAGGUCGGCACUACUUCCAGAGGAGGCUCGGCCAGAUGGUAGUCACGGCGACUCGGGGGUCAGCUACGGGGUGCAGAACAGCGUCAGUUCCUAUCUGUCCCUGGCGGGGGCGCCGGAGAAGAAGCAGCACAGCUGGAAGCGGCGCAGGGGACGCUCGGUGUACGUGCUCCAGCAGACGCACAGGGAAACACUGAGGAACAGGCUGGUGGAGGAGGAGGAGAGCUACGAAGAGCUGCCUCACUGAGGACUGCAGAGGGGUGUGUGGGAGUGUGUGUGUGUGUGUGUGUGCGCGCGUGCACGUUCAUGUGUGUGUGUGUGUGUGUGUGUGUGUGUGUGUGUGUGUGUGUGUGUGUGUGUGUGUGUGUGUGUGUGUGUGUGCAGGGGCAUAGUAACAAAUUGUGGGCCCUAUGUACAGUCAACUCCAAUGGACCUCCCCAGCCAUCUAUCUACUGUACAUAAAUCGGACUGCGUGUGGGCCCUCUGGGGCCCUGGUGACUCAGUCAUACUUUAUUCCCCUGUACGACACCCCUGUGUGUGUGUGUGUGUGUGUGUGUGUGUGUGUGUGUGUGUGUGUGUGUGUGUGUGUGUGUGUGUGUGUGUGUGUGUGGGUGUGUGUGUGUGUGUGUGUGCGCGCGUGUCAAUGAAAGAGGGCAAUGGGAGAUCUUUGGAGGCGUGGGACUCUUGCGAAGAUUAAAUGAGAAACCUGAGAUUAUCCUGAUCCUUGAGACAUUUGAUGGAAAUUGUACAUAAACUAACUGAAAGCACAUUGCAGCACAUGAAAAUACUGAUGAAUGAAUGACAUUUACGAAAAAAAACAAUUACUAUUUGCACCACCGCAAAUCUAUACAUCUUGUAUAUAUGUCUGGUCUGGCUUGCACAGUGUCUAUAAAUACAAAAUUGAUGUUUGCUUCUGGAUUUGUGUGUGUCAGUGUGUUUGAGUGUGAGUGUGCGUGUGUGUGUGUUUC